AUGGGAGCGAGCCGCACGGCCAGCGGCGCUCCGGCAGCAGGCAGCGAGCGGCAGGGGGGCUCUGAGCUCCGAGCUUCUCCUGCAGGAAGCGCCAAGCGCCUCUGCUCCCAGCCCUGCCCUCCGCCUCCCCGCUGCGGCAGGAAGGCAGCGCAGGGCUCGCUCCGCCCGUCCCGAUGGGCCGGGACGGAGCCCCUCGCCCCUUGCAGCAGCUCCCGGGGGCUGGGCUGGGCGUUCGGGUGCCCUCCAGGCUGGCUCUGCAAUAAAAACAGCCGCUCUGACUGGCAGCCGGGACGCGGUGCAGGGGCCGCAGGAGCCCGGAGCGGCACCGGCCGGCGGGUGGGCCCGGGGCUCCGCCGUCCUUGGCAGCAUCCCCCGGGCCGGGGAAGGUACCGGCGGCUGCGCCUGGCACCCAGGGGCAAAUGGUGCCGUCUGCGACCAAGCCUGGCGCUGCGGGGACCCGGCGAGGACGCGCAGGUGAUGCCUCGGUUCCUGCACGAUGCCAACCACAAGGCACGUGCUACCGGUCCCCAGUCGCCAAGUGCCAUGCCCUGGGGACCCCUGCUGUGGAGGAGAGCUCAGCUCUUGUGUCUAAAGAGCCGAGAUGCCACCCUGGCUCCUGCGCCUCUCCGGUCACCCUCCAAUACCAACCAGCCCAAGGACUUCAUUCGCUGCCUGCCACCCCACCUCUCCAUGUCCAUCCUGGGUCUUUUGGACCAGAAGUCCCUGAAGGCCUGCGCUGCUGUGAACAGGUUCUGGGCUUACCUGGCCCAUGCAGUGGAGAAGGAGCGUGCUUGUCAAAGCAUGGUGCAGGAGAAGAUCCAGUACCUGCAGGGGCUGUGCCCUAGAGGAGCAGUUCCAAACUAUGCUAAGAUCGUUGAUGUGGCAAUUCCCCACCUAAACAAAGAGGGCGAGGUCACCAGAGCGAAAGACAACGAUUCAGAAAGACAAGAGGAGGAAGACAACUUGCAGGCAGCCUAUCACGAUGUCAAAACUGACACGGUCCAGCUGGAAGAGAGGAAUAUCUUCUGUGGCUGCUACAACAUCCGUGUCCUCUUGGAGCAAACAGACCAAAGCAGAGUAAUCCAUUACGAUGGUGGGGACCUGGUGGCCAUCGGCUCUGCGGACCGGCAGGUGAGGCUUCUCGACAUGUCAGAAAUGAGAGGAGAGCUUCCUGCCUUCUCUGGCCACGUUGGCAGCAUCAGGGCACUCCUCCUCAACGAGAAGAAUGGCUUUGUCCUCAGCACAGGCCUUGAUCUCAGCAUCAGAUAUUGGGAUAUACACAAUGGUGCCUGCCUGAAGAUCUUUCAUGGCCACUCUGGGACUGUCACCUGCUUGGAUUUACAUGGAGACCACUUUGUGUCAGGAGCCAGAGAUGGGACAUUGAAAGUGUGGCACCUGGAGCUUGGGAGGUGCCUGAGGACCCUGAGGCACGGCAGUCCUGUCUGGGCAGUCAAGAUGGACAGGCACUGCCUCAUCAGCGGCUGCGAGAGAGGCAGGGUGAAGGUCUGGAGUGCUGACACCGGUGCCCUUAUCAAAACCCUGGAGGGGCACCAAGGGCCAGUGAAGUGCAUGAGCUUUGACCAGUGGCACCUGGUGACGGGAAGCACCGAUGGAUAUGUCCUGGGCUGGAGCAUGUUGGGAAAGCUCAAGAGAUGCCUCACAGCCUUCCGCCACCCGAAGCAAGUCCUGUCCCUGGAGUUCCUCUACCUGAGGGUGAUCAGUGGCUGUGCAGAUGGAAAGAUUCGAAUAUUCAACUACCUGACUGGAAACUGCCUCAAAGUGCUGACAGCCAGCAGCAGAGGGGACCCUGUGUCUUCUUUCUGUGUAGCAGAAGACAGGAUGGUGAUCAAUACUCCAAGGAGUCUGUUGCUGUACGAGUUUGAGGAUGUGCCGUGGGACUACACCUUGGAGACUGACCGAGAGGCGGCGGGCCAGACCAGCAGGUGCAUGGGGAACUACAGAGCCAAAUGGCUCCAGCUCCACCAGGCCCAGGGGGACCUGAGCCAGCUGCACCACCUCGGUGGGGAGGCACAAGAGCACUACGCUGCCAGCAGCCAUCCAAGCCCCAUCCUGGACCUCAACUGCUCUCUUUGUUUUCUUGUUUUGGAAACAGAUGGCAAAACUGAGCAGGGUGUUUACCUCUGGUCACCUGGAGAUGAUGCCAUGCCACAAGCCACUCUGAAUCGCCAGAAGAAGAACAAAUCAGCUUGUUCCAUAUUCCCUUACAAGCUCCUCUUAACGAUCAGCACGCUGCAGAAGGCAGCUCAAGGCAGAUCCGGCUCCAAGCACACUGAGAGGCACAGGGAAGCAUGGAAAUCUCCAAGGCAAACCAUGCUGGAAUCUCCAUGGAGAUUUCAAAGGCAAAACUCCUUGGGAUAUUCAUGGAAAUCUCCUAGGCAAAAGUCAUUGGGACAUCCAUGGAAACCCUCCCGGGACCAGCACCCCAGCGUGGUACAAAGCAGCGAGACCUCUAUGCUGAGCAGGAGGGAUCAAUCAGUCCAGCUCCAGCAUGUGAGACCACAGAGCGGUUCUUCGACUAUGACCAGGUCUUAUGUGCCCUUUGAAACCAAAAUGCUGCAGCUCAAGCUGGACAACUCUUUGUAUGGACCUGCUGUGAAGUCCUCCAUCCCUCCUCCCUCCGUCGUACGUCCCAAGAACUGGGGCUCGCCGCAAGGGAAGGCAGCUGCCAGUGAGCAGGGGGAAGUCCCUCCCCAGGAAGAGGAGGCUGAGCUCAUCGAUCCCUUUAUGGCUUCUUCGAAACUGAUCAAAUCCACACGGACGAUAAUGGCCCAAAUGCCAAACAGAGCCACCUGCAGGAGGAAAUCGGUCUUCUGCCCGUAUGCUGCAGACCCCAGCGAUCUCAGGCUUCUGACGGGGAAGCAGCAGGAGGAGAACGCAGCGGCCGCCGCAGCUCAGUACCAGGCACACCAGGCCAGGCUCAGGGAAGAGGAGCAGAGAGCACGCAGGAAGGCUUGGCUGAGGAAAGUUAAAGGCUUGCCUACAGACUCCUUCACUGGGGAGGGGGAAAGAGCUGCCCCUGAACUUGGGCACAAAACGUUCAUCUGA